CUGGCCAACCCGAAAUCCCUUUGAUGCAGAACGAUAUCUAUUGACCCGGACGACUGCAAGGAGUUCCAAGAGAAGGGGAAGAAAACAAAAAAAUCGAAUAUUAAAUUAAAGCUCUAUACUUAAGGAAGUAAGUCAUUCCUGAAAGCAUUGCCCCGACAAACACGUGUACAGUUGACAUCAGACAUUCAUGACAGCAUUGACCUGGCCAUCAUGUGUAGAGUUGACAUCAGACCUUCAUGACAUCAUUGACCUGAUGAUCCUGUGUAGUGUUGACAUCAGAUAUUCAUGACAGCAUUGAUCUGACCAUCCUGUGUAGAGUUGAAGUCAGUCAUUCCUGAAAGCAUUGGCCUGACCAACCUGUAUACAGUUGAAGCCAGUCAUUCCUAAAAGCAUUGGCCUGACCAACCUGUGUACAGUUGAAGCCAGUCAUUCCUAAAAGCAUUGGCCUGACCAACCUGUGUAGAGCUGGCAUGAGUGCACGCCCCUGGGAUUUAACCGCCACAAACAUUUUCUCUCGGGUCUCCCGGGAGUCUGGAUCUAUUGACAUUUCCUCCGGUACGGAUUAACCUUGUAAUGUCUAGUGACAGAUGGAAAUUAAUUCCAACGGACAUGAAGUCAUUGUAGUUGUUCACUAGAUUUUUUUUCUCCAGGAAAAAAUCAUUUUUCUAGUGGGAUAUGAUCGCAUUGUGUAGACAUUUGAAAUGAAAGACGCGAACAAUUUCUGAUUAGAAGAUCUAUGAUGCUUCAUGGAUAUUAUUUUUAAAGUUUGAAUUCGUGUGUAGCUUUUUAAUCUUAAUUGUACAUUUAGAAAUGUUAAAUCUUUCCCCAAAAUGUAUACAUGGUAAUAAACAAAAUAUUCUAUCAGUAAUAUCAUUCUAAACAGUUGGAGGUUGCCUCUUUUUGAUAUAAUCUGAUACCUUAUAAUCAUGGCAAGAUUGUUUGUGUUUGAUGUAAUCUGAUAUCUAACAAUCAGGACAGGACUCGCUUGUGUUUAGUAUAAUCUGAUAUCUUACAAUCAGGACAGGACUCGCUUGUGUUUAAUAUAAUCUGAUAUCUUACAAUUAGGAAAGGACUCGUUUGUGUUUCAUAUAAUCUGAUAUCUUACAAUUAGGAAAGGACUCGUUUGUGUUUCAUAUAAUCUGAUAUCUUACAAUUAGGAAAGGACUCGCUUGUGUUUCAUAUAAUCUGAUAUCUUACAAAUAAGAAAGGACUCGUUUGUGUUUCAUAUAAUCUGAUAUCUUACAAUUAGGAAAGGACUCGCUUGUGUUUCAUAUAAUCUGAUAUCUUACAAUUAGGAAAGGACUCGUUUGUGUUUCAUAUAAUCUGAUAUCUUACAAUUAGGAAAGGACUCGUUUGUGUUUCAUAUAAUCUGAUAUCUUACAAUUAGGAAAGGACUCGCUUGUGUUUCAUAUAAUCUGAUAUCUUACAAUUAGGAAAGGACUCGUUUGUGUUUCAUAUAAUCUGAUAUCUUACAAUUAGGAAAGGACUCGUUUGUGUUUCAUAUAAUCUGAUAUCUUACAAUUAGGAAAGGACUCGUUUGUGUUUCAUAUAAUCUGAUAUCUUACAAUUAGGAAAGGACUCUUUCGUGUUUCAUAUAAUCUGAUAUCUUACAAUCAGGACAGGACUCGCUUGUGUUUAGUAUAAUCUGAUAUCUUACAUUUAGGAAAGGACUCGUUUGUGUUUCAUAUAAUCUGAUAUCUUACAAUCAGGAAAGGACUCGCUUGUGUUUCAUAUAAUCUGAUAUCUUACAAUUAGGAAAGGACUCGUUUGUGUUUCAUAUAAUCUGAUAUCUUGCAAUCAGGAAAGGACUCGUUUGUGUUUCAUAUAAUCUGAUAUCUUACAAUUAGGAAAGGACUCGUUUGUGUUUCAUAUAAUCUGAUAUCUUACAAUUAGGAAAGGACUCGUUUGUGUUUCAUAUAAUCUGAUAUCUUGCAAUCAGGAAAGGACUCGUUUGUGUUUCAUAUAAUCUGAUAUCUUACAAUUAGGAAAGGACGCGUUUGUGUUUCAUAUAAUCUGAUAUCUUACAAUCAGGACAAAACUGGCGAUGUGUAAAAGGACGUUAAGUUAAGAAAUUGUUGGCAGAACCAAGAUGGCGCGUAUGUUUCUGAGAUGGAAGGUGGGGAGAGGAUCACGUGUCGGCAUCUGCUUGUUGAUAUUCAUAAUUGCUGUAGUCACCAUAAUGGAGUUCAACUGGUUCGGUGAGUUGUUCUUGUACUAAUAACCCUUAUGCUUAGGACAUUUCGUUUUCAGUUUGAUCAGUAAUGAAAUCAAAUAUAAAUAAUUUUUUAGCAAUUUGAAUAAAAUUUCAUUAAAUUUACUGGAAAAACUUGAGUUUAGCCCCAGGGUUUUAAUACCCAAGUUUAAUACCUAAGCUUAGAACCUGGUUCUGUUGUGGUCAGAAAAAUAAUGCUUCAGCAAUCUUUGGCUGCGCUAUGUUCAAAGUCAAAUGUAUUUUAUUCAUUAAAUGAUAUUAAAAGUAACAGUUUCAUUUCGCGGGAGUUUCGUGCUUCGUGUCUGCACCUGGGAGCUCUCAGCGUGGACCAUUGGCGUCAGUCAGAAGCGAACUCCAGUUUGGAAUCAUACAAUGUCCCCGAACAAUGACUACCGAGCUUCUUGUUAAAGCAAUGAUGUAUGCUUCCUUUUUCAAAUCUCCACGGGGUUUGAGCCUGAUAGAUCACCCGUGACUAACUGCUUCAAACUACGAUAUUCAAAAUGCAUUGGGCAAACGCUCCACGUUCCCUUUUAAAAAAAUCCCAGAGCAUCAGCUUCACACGUCUUAUUAAAAAAUCUCCAGGUGACAGAUUCAUGAUUCCAAAUUCAAAAAUCUCCAACCAAAAACGUCAUACUGCCUUCUUCAAACAUCCCUGGGCAACAGCUUCAUAUUCCCUUAUGAAAAAUUCCAGAAAAACAGCUUCAUACUUCAUUCAUCAAACAUCUCCAGGUAACAGCUUCAUAAUUGCUACUUCAAACAUCCAUGGGCAACAGUUUCCAUCAAUUCAGUCUCGAAAUAACUGAUCAUAAACAUGCGUACACGACUGAUCCUAAACAUGCGUACACGACUGAUCAUAAACAUGCGUACACGACUGAUCCUAAACAUGCGUACAUGACUGAUUCUAAACAUGCGUACAUGACUGAUCCUAAACAUGCGUACACGACUGAUCCUAAACAUGCGUACAUGACUGACCCUAAACAUGCGUACACGACUGAUUCUAAACAUGCGUACACGACUGAUCCUAAACAUGCGUAAACGACUGAUCCUAAACAUGCGUACACGACUGAUUCUAAACAUGCGUACAUGACUGAUCCUAAACAUGCGUACAUGACUGAUCCUAAGCAUGCGUACACGACUGAUCCUAAAGAUGCGUACAUGAUUGAUCCUAAGCAUGCGUACACGACUGAUCCUAAAGAUGCGUACAUGAUUGAUCCUAAACAUGCGUACACGACUGAUCCUGAACAUGCGUACACGACUGAUCCUAAACAUGCGUACACGACUGAUCCUAAACAUGUGUACACGACUGAUCCUAAACAUGCGUACAUGACUGAUCCUAAACAUGUGUACACGACUGAUCCUAAACAUGCGUACACGACUGAUCCUAAAAAUGCGUACAUGACUGAUCCUAAACAUGCGUACACGACUGAUCCUAAAGAUGCGUACCGUUACUUGCUCAUCAUCUCUUUCAGUCCUUCAAUUCUUGCCCCCCCCCCCUCCCAAACGUUUCACAAUUCCGUUUAUUUUAUCCGGACUAGCAAGCACACAUGUUUAAUGCUUGAGCUUACGCUCUUAAAGCCCCGGCUUGGACAUUUCCAACCAGCUCCAUCUGCUGGACUGUGCCGGAUAGUACAAUGCCAACCAGCUCCAUAUGCUGGGCUGUGCCGGCUAGCAUAUUUCAACCAGCUCCAUCUGCUGGGCUGUGCCGGCUAGCACAUUUCCAACCAGCUCCAUCUACUGGACUGUGCCGGCUAGUACAUUGCCAACCAGCUCCAUCUGCUGGACUGUGCCGGCUAGUUCAUGGGCCAACCAGUUCCAUCUGCUGGACUGUGCCAUAAUUUGGUAGGAAUCUAGUGCUGGGCAUUCAGUCUACAGAUGCGCUAAAAUUUCGGGGAACAGGCUGCAAUGCCGACAGGUCGGGUCUCUGUUGUUGUCCGGGCUAAAAGGGCCCCACAAAUAUAUGACGUUGAAAAGCGUGGGGAUAUCAACUUAUUUAGUUUUUAUCUAAUAGGGUACGUUUUUAAAUUUUUUUUUAAUAAUCUAAGUUAUCUUUCUCUUGAUAUAGAGCGGAAACAUUUUUAGAGUCAGUGACCUGACUUGGCAUUUCAUGUAGUAGCAGUGUUGAUUUUAGGUUGCACUUUACCACUCUCAGGUCUCACCGGUGGCUUCAGUCAGGCGGAUGUGGAUCACUUCGCUAAGAUGAUUGAUCUCCGAUACACGGUCAUAGCAAAUGGACCUGAGGUAAGUAUUUUAUUCUUAAUUUAAGAAAAUUGGAUGUUUUUGCUUUGUGCAGUUUGUUUAAGCAUGGAGGACUACUCAAAUAUAUUUGUAUAUUAUUAACAUAAUCCAUCACGCCAAUCUCGACCGUAUGAUGAACAACGUUGUUAAAUCAAUUAACACUAUUCACAAAAUUGCAAGAGGUGACGUACGCUAUGCUGUCGAUGGCCGCUCUUAUUGCUGCAAGGUCAUAACACUAAUCAUCACCAAAAGUGACUUGAUUUUGAGCAUAGUUUUAUUGACGUGACAUUUGUUAGUGAUGGGCGUCUCCGGAAAACUUCCUGCAUAGCAACUGUAUGAAAUUAAGGGGAGAAAACUAAAACUAAAAACUAAAAGAAAAGGAAACAAAAAGAGUUGUAAACUUUGCCUAAGACGUAAGUCAUCGUUUGGACGGUGAGGGAAUGUCGUCUUCUGAUGACGGCUAUAAGUCAUCGUUUGGACGGUGAGGGAAUGUCAUCUUCUGAUGAUGGCUAUAUGUCAUCGUUUGGAAGGUGAGGGAAUGUCGUCUUCUGAUGACGGCUAUAAGUCAUCGUUUGGACGGUGAGGGAAUGUCGUCUUCUGAUGACGGCUAUAAGUCAUCGUUUGGACGGUGAGGGAAUGUCGUCUUCUGAUGACGGCUAUCAGUCAUCAUUAGGACGGUGAGAGAAUGUGGUCUUUUGAUGACGGCUAUAAGUCGUCGUAUGGACGGUGAGAGAAUGUCGUCUUUUUGAUGAGGUCUGGUGUGAAAAGAAACACUGGAAUGUUAGCGCUGAUUAAGACUGUAAGUAAGUGACCAGAAAUGUGAAGUUAGACUUUUUCGUUUGACAUUCGUGAUUUUUACCUAAAAGAUGACUGGACUUCAACAUAACUGAUGUGGAUUAUUUGGGGAGAAAAAAAAAUGGGGUGGGGGUGGGGGGUCGGGCAAAGCGACUACUCCUCAGCAGGCCUUAAUUCGGCACUGUUGUUUAGAAAUAGUCACUUUCCAAAGCUCUGGAUAGUAUCACUCGGGCAUCUCUGCAACAUUCAGUUGAAUCUCAUGCAGGGGGUGUAUUUAUUUUCUGUUGAUUUCGUUUGACCUUUUCUUUUGUCUAGGAAUGUUUAGUAAAUGUAAGACUUGUCUUUCUUAUAAGAAACAUGAUUAAGGCGUGUCUUUUUUUAUAAGACAUAUUGUUAAGACUUUUAUUUCUUCUAAGACAUUAUUAAGACCUGUUUUUCUUAUGAGAUAUAUCAUGAAGACCUGUCUUUCUUAUUCUUAUAAGACAUUUUCUUCUUAUAAGAUAUAUCAUUAAGACGUGUCUUUCUUCUAAGACUUAUUAUUAUGCCGUGUUUGGUUGCAUUCAUUUUAUUUACUGACCUGGUUUCUAAUCGACUUUCGAGACCUUUUAAGUGUGCCUAAAAGUUUAAUCUUUUGAACAUGUGAGACUUAUCUUAGUGCCAGUCAUGUGAAGUGCACAGAGAUACCCACAUUGUCUUGUGCCCGUUAUAUGAAGUGCAAAUGGAUACCCACAUUGCCUGGUUCCCUUGAUAUGAAGUGAAUAUGGAUAACUCUAUAUCCUAAUGCCCAUUUUAUGAAGUGAAUUGGAAUAACUAUAUAUCCUGGUGUCCGUUACAGAAUGUGAAUUGGAAUAAAUGUAUAACUGGUUCCCCAUUAUAUGAUAAUUAAAGGGAGAAUCAUGUUAGUAUAGCUUGGAAAAAAAAAUGUGAAUGCUUAGCUCCAAAUAUUUUCGAGGCUCUGGUAACAUGACUGCUAACAUCCUUUGACUUUAUUUCACUUUGAUUCCAAGGAUUCUGUGCACAGAGAUUUUGUUUAUGAGGCAGAAGUUACCCUGACCAACAAUGGAAACACAGAAUUUCCUGGACUCGGGUGGCAGAUAUUCUUCAAUCAGGUAAAUGGUUUGAUUUGGUAAACGAAUUAAAAAUUAUAGCUUUAAAAUGUCUAAACAAAUCGACAACAUUUUCUUUUCCAAACUAAUCAUACAAAACUGGCCCCGUUACAAAAUUGAACACCAUUCUUAGGGCACCGUCAUUUAUAAUUCAUUACACUUUACUCUGUCUCAAUGAGUCGUUAAAUCCCAUCUGUAGAUCUUUAAUACAAACACACUUGGAUUUAUGCUCACCUUUUUUUCACUCAGCUAUUGACGCUAGAGGCUGAAACCCUUACAAAGAUACAAACUAAAUAGCUAUAUGUUAACAUUCUUCCAAUCAGCUACUGACGCUAGAGGCUGAAACCCUUACAAAGAUACAAACUACAUUGCUAUUAUGUUAACAUUCUUCCCAUCAGCUGUUGACGCUAGAGCCAGAGCAUUACCCUUACAACGACGGGCUGGAGAAAAAACAAUAUGGCGUCAUCCUCUACCACUGGAACGGUCACCUUUACAGCAUCGCGCCCACCCUGGACUUCGGAUCGAUACCGCCCAGUCAGUCCAAGAGUAUUCGCAUCUUCACCACCUGUUGUAACCUGGCGGUGACGGACACGUUCCCCAACUGGUAAAUGGCCUUCACUUCCGGCUAAAUAAUGAGUUUAAGCUCUGAGAUUAAAAAUUCGAUUAAAAGUUUGACUUAAUGGAACCCGUUUUGAGUAGGUUGACGUUAAAAACCCAUUACCAUGCCAUUAAGAUAAUGACUACAUGGCCAUUAAGAUAAUGAUUAGCAAGCCUUUAAUAUAAUGACUAUCAUGCCAUUAAUACGACUAUCAUGCCAUUAAAACUAUCAUGCCAUUAAUACAACGACUAUCAUGCCAUUAAUAUAAUGAAUAUCAUGUCAUUAAUACAACGACUAUCAUGCCAUUAUUACGACUAUCAUGCGAUUAAUAUGACUAUCAUGCCAUUAAUACAACGACUAUCAUGCCAUUAAUAUAAUGACUAUCAUGCCAUUAAAACAGUCACUAUCAUGCCAUUAAUAUAACGACUAUCAUGCCAAUAUUACAACGACUAUCAUGGCAUUAAUAUAAUUACUAUCAUGCCUUUAAUACAACGAUUAUCAUGCCAUUAAUACGACUAUCAUGCCAUUAAUAUAAUGACUAUCAUGCCAUUAAUAGAACGACUAUCAUGCCAUUAAUAUAACGACUAUCAUGCCAUUAAUACAAUGACUAUCAUGCCAUUAAUAUAAUGACUAUCAUGCCAUUAAUACAAUGACUAUCAUGCCAUUAAUAUGACUAUCAUGCCAUUAAUACAAAGACUAUCAUGCCAUUAAUACAAUGACUAUCAUGCCAUUAAUACAACGACUAUCAUGCCAUUAAUACAACGACUAUCAUGCCAUUAAUACAAGGACUAUCAUGCCAUUAAUACGACUAUCAUGCCAUUAAUACGACUAUCAUGCCAUUAAUAUAAUGACUAUCAUGCCAUUAAUAUAAUGACUAUCAUGUCAUUAAUACAAAGACUAUCAUGCCAUUAAUAUAAUGACUAUCAUGCCAUUAAUACGACUAUCAUGCCAUUAAUACGACUAUCAUGCCAUUAAUACAAAGACUAUCAUGCCAUUAAUAUGACUAUCAUGCCAUUAAUAUAACGACUAUCAUGCCAUUAAUACAAUGACUAUCAUGCCAUUAAUACAAGGACUAUCAUGCCAUUAAUACAACUACUAUCAUGCCAUUAAUACAAGGACUAUCAUGCCAUUAAUACGACUAUCAUGCCAUUAAUACAACGACUAUUAUGCCAUUAAUAUAAUGACUAUAAUGCCAUUAAUACAACGACUAUCAUGCCAUUAAUACAACGACUAUCAUGCCAUUAAUACAAUGACUAUCAUGCCAUUAAUACAACGACUAUCAUGCCAUUAAUACAACGACUAUCAUGCCAUUAAUACAAGGACUAUCAUGCCAUUAAUACGACUAUCAUGCCAUUAAUCAUGCCAUUAAUAUAAUGACUAUCAUGCCAUUAAUAUAAUGACUAUCAUGCCAUUAAUACAAAGACUAUCAUGCCAUUAAUAUAAUGACUAUCAUGCCAUUAAUACGACUAUCAUGCCAUUAAUAUGACUAUCAUGCCAUUAAUACAAAGACUAUCAUGCCAUUAAUAUGACUAUCAUGCCAUUAAUACGACUAUCAUGCCAUUAAUACGACUAUCAUGCCAUUAAUACGACUAUCAUGCCAUUAAUACGACUAUCAUGCCAUUAAUACAACGACUAUCAUGCCAUUAAUACAAUGACUAUCAUGCCAUUAAUACAAGGACUAUUAUGCCAUUAAUACAACGACUAUCAUGCCAUUAAUACGACUAUCAUGCCAUUAAUACGACUAUCAUACCAUUAAUACAAUGACUAUCAUGCCAUUAAUACAAUGACUAUCAUGCCAUUAAUAAUACGACUACCUUGCCAUUAAUACAAGGACUAUCAUGCCAUUAAUACGACUAUCAUGCCAUUAAUAUAAUGACUAUCAUGCCAUUAAUAUAAUGACUAUCAUGCCAUUAAUAUAAUGACUAUCAUGCCAUUAAUACAAAGACUAUCAUGCCAUUAAUAUAAUGACUAUCAUGCCAUUAAUACGACUAUCAUGCCAUUAAUACGACUAUCAUGCCAUUAAUACAAAGACUAUCAUGCCAUUAAUACGACUAUCAUGCCAUUAAUACAACGACUAUCGUGCCAUUAAUACAACGACUAUCAUGCCAUUAAUACAACGACUAUCAUGCCAUUAAUAAUACGGCUACCAUGCCAUUAAUACAAGGACUAUCAUGCCAUUAAUACGACUAUCAUGCCAUUAAUAUAAUGACUAUCAUGCCAUUAAUAUAAUGACUAUCAUGCCAUUAAUACAAAGACUAUCAUGCCAUUAAUAUAAUGACACAUUAACAUCAAUCUUUAACCCCCCCCCUCCCCAACCUUGCCUUACAAGUAAGAAAGGAUAAAUUUAUCUCCAUGCUGCAAUAACUGAUCUGUAAAAAUAGAAAAUAUCAACCAAAUAAGUAAUUUUGGGGGCAACAUUUAUUAAAAAAUACAUUGCUUAAGAUGAUGAUGAAGAGUAUGAUCAAAAUUAUAGCUAACCAACCGUUUUUAUAUUUAGCAUGAUGUCCUUAAUGAGACGCUACAAAUAUUUUCAUUUAAAACUAAACACAUGCAUUAAAAUUUGUAUGGCAUUAAUAUCCUGGCUCAUGGUAUUUAUUUAAUGUUUAUAAAAAUAAGUUGAUACUAACUUCACAAACGCGUAUUAGUUUUAAGUGUUUGCUCCAAUAUUUUACCUUUCAAUCGCGAUAGGUAAAUAGUGUUUAUACCAAUAUUUUACCUUUGAAUCGCAACAUGUACAUUGUGUGUAUAACAAUACUUUACCUUUCGAUUGCAACAGGUACAUAGUGUUCCCAGGGUUCAAACCCCGAACCAUUGCAAGCACGUCUGGUGAUCCUUUCAAAUUUGCCUAUCGCAUUCAUUCCCCGAAGACUUGGAGAAAAUAUAAUUACGAGAAAGUUAACCCACCCUUGCCAGAGGACAGAUUUUAUUCAUUCUCUGUUGAUGAUCUGGGCAGAGCCCCGAUCCCUGUGUUGCCCACGUAAGUCUAACAUGCCUUCUUGUUAGUGUCUGGGCCACCAUAGCUUAUUGACAAAAACAAUGUAACCAGUGAUUUUGAAAAGAAAGGAUAAAGUUUAAAUUUCUAAACCAAACCUGUGUUAGAGCUGUCAAUGUCAGUGUGGCCUAUAUUUUUCUUGUACCUAUUCAUGAAGUGAUUUUACUUAACAUCGUGCAUAUUUAUUGUACAUAGUUAUUAUUAAAUGUGGUGCUUGAUUCUAAUUUAAUGCAUUAUAGUUAUUUUUUUUAAAGUUGUAAACAUAAUUGUUCAAUUUUGCCGUCCAACUGUCCAGUCCUUUGGUGAUCUCAACAUACAAGCCCUUGUCCACCAUUAACGUACGCCAGGAGCCAUGGGUAGUGGUCACUGACACGCUGCUUUGGGGUGAAGGGAACAUGCUGUCAGGUAGGACAUCCACAGCGGUCUGGGCAACAAUGGAGACACCAGUGUUUCGUUUUAUCUAUCCCACGAUCUCAAUACCAGAGUUUGUCUCUCAAACACUCUCAACACCAUUGUUUCUCUAACACAUUCUCUCAAAAUAAGAGUUUGGUUCAGACACUUUCAACAUCAAUCUUUUGUCAUAAACACAUUUCGAUAUUAUAUAACAUAUAUCUUUGUAUGUGGCAUUCCCCAUAAGUACAUUAUAAUGUCAAUUCUAUUACAUCAUUAUCAUGAUGUGCUUCUCUAUCUAUUAGAAAUCUGGAAUUUGCGCCACCUGAAAGACAUCCCAAGUGAAUAUUUUAUCAGAUUUAUUGAAGAAGAUAUCAAAGUACAGUUCAAAGGUCAAGCAGUUAUUAUUGAAGAAUGUAAGUAUCAGUCUUGAUAUUUCGUUUCCACUGUUAUCAGUAGCUAUAAAACAAUUAGGUUGGCAUGUAUAUAUGUAAAAAGGGGGGGGGGGGAGAGUUUGUUUUGCGGCAGUGUUUGUGGGAAGGGUUAUUUAGGGGUGUCUUUUAAUCGGAUGUAAGAUUGGUAAAGAUACGUAAUGAUUGAUAUACAUUUAAUAAUUCAUACCAGAACUUUUAUAGGAACUGUUUGUAAUCAUUGAGAGAGGACGUAAAAAAUAUGUAAGUCAAGGAGAAAUAAAAUAUGAUGAUAAGCAGGAGCUUCUAAAUCUUACUUAUCUACUUAAUUGACUGCUUUUAAAAGAAUCUCCUCCUACCCUGCUCCUCUCCCCAGGCCUCUACCCAGACCUUUCACUGCAGCCCUUUCCGUCAUUUUUGACUGCAGGAGAAAUUUAGCCAUUGUGACCUUUCCAAUUAUUUAAAGAGAGCAGAGAAAAUCCAUUUUUGAUUGUCAUCCCCAGCUUACUACCUGUCUGUCAACCCAGCAUCAAAAACAAUUAUCAUCAAAGCUUCCGGGAAGGCAGGAGGAUUCAAUGCAAUGCAAACUCUGCUGAGUCUGGCUGAUAAAGAUGGAAAUGUCAGUUCUAUCUACAUCUGAAAACAACUCAAUUAUUGUGGGGGGGAGGGGGUCGAGUUGGAGGAGAUAGAGAGACAAGAAACAAAAUACCUCCAUUUAAUAUUUAGUCUAAUAAAAUUAAAUUUGUAAGUGUCUAUUCAUGGUCAUUUCUUAUGUAUGACAAGAUCAGCUGUGUCCUAUUUAAUAUCCCUAGAAAAGUUUUUUUCUCAUAAAAGUGACAAGCUUAUAUUCACUAAUCUUGUAAUUUUUCCUGAGACUAAGAAAUUGUGUCCACUUUACAAAAUAGCUAGACAAGGGUUGAACUAAGAAGUUAUUGAAUUAAACAAUCUUGACACAGUAGUUUAUACUUAUGAUUAAAUGUAUCAAUUUCUCCAAUUUUGAACAGGAUUCAAUGACUCCUUGCAUUGUACAAAAUCAAAGCCAGCAGCCUAAGUUAACCAUCCAAAUCAGUAGCUCAAGUUAAUUAUCCAAAAUCAGUUGCCUUUGUUAACUAUCCAAAAUCAAUAACCUAUGUUGUCCAAUCAAGCACCUGAGACAACCAGACAAAGCCAGAGUCAGAAGCCUAUUUUAAAGAGCCUAAUACUAUAACCAGCCACAUUUUUCAAACCAACCAAAUUUUUCUUUUAAUAAAUGCUAACAAUGCAUACUACUUCUAAAUCUACUUCUAAGAUAUGAAAGCUCACCAUACAUCUUUCAUAAGUACAUGUCUAGGAAUGUUAUUAGCCCUUGAAUUAGACCUCGGGGAAAAAAAUUGAAAUAUAAUUUAAUGAGAUGAAAUAGAACCUGGUUGUGAUCCUGGGAGGACCAACUUAAUAUUAACCCACAACAGACCCUUGACACUUUGAAUGGAAUAUUACAUACUUUAUUUACAUUAUUGCUAUUAUUAGUUUUGAUAACCCCAAAAGAAUUUAAUCUCUCCCCCCCCCCCUUCUUUUCCCAAAUUUCCAACUUCAAUUAUAGCUAAGUUUUGCUUUUGUCUUACCAGAUUCCGGAAACAAUUAUACUAGAUGGCCCUAGGUUCAGGUACAGAGGGUUUAUGUUAGAUAUAGCCAGGAACUUUCAGGACAAGAAUACCAUAAAAAGGUUUGCCAAACUAAAAAUUUACACUAUAGGCCAACAGAGAAAACCAAUUUCAUAGUUAGAAUAUUUUUUUUAAUAAAUGAAGACGUUCAUGUUUGAUUGAACCAUAAAAUAUUGAAUUGUUGUGACUGCAUUUAAUAAAUCAAAUAGUUUCAACCGGGUGCAUUUCAUUUGUACUCUCCUAAUUUACACAAUAGGAGUUGGAGAGGAUUUAAGUCACUUGAUACAUCCUUAAGAAAUCUAACGACUUACUUAACCGCAGUAUAACAAUGGAGAAGUAAAUGCAUUUGACCUCGUUAUUCUUUCAUUUCAUUGUUGCACUUCACAUGUAAUCUGGUCAAUAUGAAUGCAGGUAUCUUGACCUUAUGGCCAUGUAUAAACUCAACAAGUUUCACCUGCACCUGACCGAUGAUGAGGGUUGGCGGUUGGAGAUUCCUGGUUUGGUGGAACUAACCAAGGUACUCAAAAAUGAUUUGAAAAAAAAAAGUUUACUUCAAUUUUUUAAUGAUUAAAAUGCAAAGCACUUAGUUACAACUUUAUGCCAUGGUAUAACUUGGCUGUUAAUGUAAAUAUAUUGCUUUGACUAAAUCUGAUUCUCUAAUGAAUGACAGUGUUGGAGAUCCUCAACAAAGUUUUGUACUGUCCAAAUUAAAUUUUUUAAGGAAGCCAACAGCCGCAGACUAUUUCAACUUUUAUCAGUCAUAUGCAUAAUGCUAAAAUGUAAAUUGAGCCACAGCAAAGAUUUCAUUUGCCAAAUACCAUUUGACAGAUUGGUGCUCAGCGUUGCCAUGACCUGACUGAAAAGAAGUGUAUCAUACCUGCUCUGGGCUCAGGGCCUUAUCAUAAAAAUGUUGGCUCUGGAUACUUAACACAAGAUGAUUACAGGUAAGAUGUGGGAAGAUUUUUUUAAAAUUCAUAUUUCACACUUGUUUUUAAGUUAAAGAAUUCUGUCCUGUGAGAAAGCUACAGAUUGCCUUCAACGUUUGACUCAGACAAUUAUAAGCCAAAAAUAAAUAUUUCAAAAGACAUGAAUUUAAAGUUCUUGUUUUUCAAUUAAACAGAGACAUUCUGCACCAUGCUAAAGCUAGACAUAUUGAAGUCAUUCCUGAAAUUGAUCUACCAGGCCAUGCACAUGCUGCGAUUAAGGCAAUGGAAGCAAGGUUCAUGAAGUAUUAUAAAACUAACAUGACAGAGGCUACAAAGUGAGUUAAUACUUGUACAAUGCCUCAGUGCUGCUGCUUAAAGAGGUUUAAGUCCAUGUAGUAAGAAACAUUAUGUGUCAGAAUCAUGUGCCAGAAUUAUGUGAAUCAAAAUUCAAUACAGUUGAAUUUAGUAAAAACGCAGAUUCAGCUUUUAGAUGCCACAUUUUGAGCAGAAAUUAGCCGAAAUUUCUGCUCAAAAACACUUUUUUUCACCAUAAAUGUGGUAAAUUGUUAGGCCACUGCUACUUUAGCUAUUGAAACAAUGUUUUAUGAAUUUAGAACCUCUACAGAAACUUUAACAGAUUUGAUUGUUCCAUUUAAUUAACUAAAAUGUAUUAAAAUUAAAUUAUUAAAAAUUAAAACCAUCUAUUCCAGGUAUUUAUUGUCUGACCUUAAAGACCAAUCCGUCUACAAGUCUGUCCAGGGCUAUAAGGACGGUGUUGUGAACCCGUGCUUGCAGUCAACAUACACUUUUAUCCGCAAAGUGAUGGAAACUAUCUAUAAUCUGCACCAUGACAUCCAAACCCUAAAGGUAUUUGCAUUAUUAUUCUUCCCACUAAUGUUUUUUUACAGUGGUGUCAUCACUUUAAAGCAGGCAUGCACAACAUACGGCCCGCAGAUGACAUGCGGACCACCAGCACCCACUUUGCGGCCUGCGGAGGAAAAAAAUAUUUUUUAUUGUUAUUAUUUUCUUUAAACGGUUUCCCCCCAUCCUAUUUUCUUUUGGCCUGCACAAGUUUUUCAUACAGUUUUACGGCCUGCCUUACAUUUUGAUUUGUGCAGGCCCGGUGCAAAGCAUGGGUUCGAAACCCAUGAGCCACCACACCAAAUAAGGCCUUGAAGAUUUUUCUGUGGUGUCGCCAGUUGUGUCCUAAUUGAAAAAAGAUAUUAAAUUUUUUAAAGCCAUUUCAUUUUAAUUGUUCUAUUAAAGUUUGGAUAAAAAUCUCGAUUAUGGCACUAAAUAUGUUGUUAGUUAUAAUAUACUGAAAUAAUCUAUAUUCUAUGCAAUGUUUUACCGUAAUAAAAUUUUUUGUUUUAAAUGUUUUGGGGUAAAAGGUAACUUAACCACACUGGAACAGAGUCACAACAAAACAAACUUUAGGAACUUGUGCUCUAAAGUGAAAGGGCAGAUAACUACAAUUUAUUGAAGAACUUUAAUGCAAAUACAUUUCCACCAUUAAAUUUAGUCAAUACUACAGGCCUCUGCUGGAUCCAAAGGUGACACUCUCAUUUCUCACUUUAUUUACAUCUGUAUCAAGGGUCCAAAAUCCACUACCACCCCAUUUUGUUUGAUUUAAACCAACAAAAAAAGAAGGGUCCACAAUCUAUAGACUAUGGGCCCAGUGUUACUUUUGAGCAACAUCACAUUGAAAGUUAAGGUUGUUGUGUUAAAUUGGUCAGUAUAGACAUUAUUUUUUAACUCUAGGCAUUGAAGUGUUUUAUUCAUGCACCUGAACUUAGUGUACCGGGGUAUAAAACUUUUAAUUUCUUUGUCCAUUUAGAUAUUUCAUUUUGGUGGAGAUGAGGUACCAAAGAAUACAUGGACCCAGUCCCCAAUAUGCAAUGGCCUAAAUCUUACUGGUGUCAUGGAUAAGAGAAAAGCCAUCAAAGAGAUAUUCAUCACCCAAGUCUCCGAUAUGGCAGCUGAAUUUAACCUUGAUGUAGGUGCCUGGGAGGAUGGGGUCAUGGACGACAAUGAGAGAUCCGUGAGCAAGGAUCUCUUUCCUCGGUAUGUUUAAGAAGAAAACUGAUUUAAAAAAUAGAAUCAUUCUAUUAGACAUUACAGUUUUAACAUUUGGUUAAUUCUUUUUUUCCUACAGUUUAAAUCCAUUUUCUUGAUUUGAUUUUUUUUUAAAGUCCUUUAACUUCACAUUUUGUUUGUGGCAGACUGUGAAAAUCUUAAGACGGCUUAUUGACCGACUUCCAAUCAAACUAUCGAGCUGAAACUUGGCGCAUAGACUCCUGGCCAAAGACAAAACAUUCUCAAAUUUUCAGCUCCGCCACAACCCCCCAAAAAUCACACUAUUUUAAAAGGGAAGAUGAAGGAAAUAUGAUGGCACUGAUUUCAAACAAAAAAACUGUGCUAAAUGAAAUUCUCUUUUUUUUAAAAUAUCCCAAGUGCAUUUAAUUUUCUUUUUUUAUUCUGAAAUAAAGUUGGUGAAAUAAAUCUGCAGUGUAAAAGUGGGUGGGUUAUUAGAGUAUUAAUAUAGUUCAGUGGCAUGAAAAAAAAUGUACAGUUGCGAGUCUUUGUUAAAGGGAGGAGUGGGGGGGGGGGUGUCACUAAUUGGGAUUCUUAUAAAGUUCAUUACUUGUAUACAUGUUUUGUCAAAUGUUUAGCUUUAGGAGUUAUUGAAUUAUUUUUCAAGUCAAUGAAUCAUCCAAAGUUUUAUUUAUUCUUUCAAACCUCACAUUAACUGAUUUCAAUUAUAUGAGAUUACAAUUCCACAAAAUGUGAUUUGAGUGGCAGUGAAGUGGUCCAUUACAAAUGUACCUAGUACCUAUCAUCAUCGUCUGUCGUCCCGUCUGGGGCAUAGGCCACAAACAAAGGCUCUCCAGGCAUCCAGGUGCUUGGGUCAGUCUCUCCAGCUGUCUCCAGUUCUGCCCUCUCUUUUUGUUGUCUGACUCCAGCUCCCUUCUCCACGUCAUUUUCUCUUGCACUGUGGGCACCAGGUGAGGGCUUGUCUCGUGAUACUAGAUGUGGGCUUUCUGAGGGUGUGGCCCCCAUCCAUCUGCGCUGGCAGACUAACUCUUCCACUGGUUCUUGUUGUGUGCGCUGCCAGAGAUCCUCGCUGGUGACGAUGUUGGACCAGCGGAUUCGAAGAAUCCUUCGGAGACUUGAGUUGAUAAACGUCUGUAGCUUUUUUGAUCCAGCUGCUGUUGUUCGCCAUGUUUCUUCUUCAUAUAGCAAGACAGGCUUCACUGUGGUGUUGAAUACCUUGACCUUGGCCUGAAGGGUCAAGUUGCUGCAGCUCCAGCUUUUUUAGCUGGUUAAAUGCAAUUCUCGCCUUGCCAAUUCUCACUAUUAUGUUGACGUCUGUCCCUCCUUGUAUGUCAAUGAUGCUGCCGAGGUAUGUAAAGCUAUCCACCUCCUCAAGGUUUGUUCCUUCCAGUGCUAUAGGUGUGUUGCUUGAUGUAUUUAUUUUAGGGGCUUUCCUUUUUCCUCUAUGGAUGAUCAGGCCGAUGCAAGCAGAUUACUGUGCUACAUAAUUGGUUUUCUCUUGGAUCUGUUGCUGUGUGUGUGAUAUUAGGCCCAGAUUAUCCGCAAAAUCCAGGUCAUCAAGCUGUUUCCAUAGUGUCCACUGGAUACCAUUUCUCUUCUGCUCUGUAAACAUUUUCAUUAUCCAAUCAAUGGUCAGCAGGAAUAAGAAAGACGAGAGCAGACACCCCUGUCUGACAUCCGUCUAUACCCCUAAAGCCGCAGUUGUUUGUUGGCCAUGAACAAUGCUGCAUGACAGUCCUUCGUAAGAAGCCUUAAUUAUGUCUGUCAAUUUUUGUGGUACCCUGUAGUGUCUUAGCAGCUUCCAUAAAGUUUGUCUGUCUACAGUAGUCUACACUAUAAAAAGCCUUCUCAUAAUCAUACAGCAGUCUAUUUUAAGUUUGACAAUGAUGCAUAUUAAUAUCACAUUUUGAACAAAUUUUAAAUGCCUUUUGAUUUUUUUUAUUCAGAAAUGUUUAUGCUUACGCCUGGAAUAACUUAUGGCAACUGAGACAAACAAAGCGAGCAUAUGUACUUGCUAAUAAUGGAUACAAGGUGAACUGAGCCAUAAAUUAUUAUUGUUUAAUCCUAAAGUGGUGAACAAAAAAAUUGUCAGCCUUUUGUUGGUUAUCAUUUAUGAAUCCUGAUAUAACUGGAUCAGUUGAUGGUUUGUAAAUUAUCAGAAUAUUAAAAAUUUGUCAGCAGAAUUUUACUCUAUAAUGAAAGUAAAGGUUUUACUUUCUUAUCUAACUUCUCAUGGGCCAAUUUAUACAAACAAUGUUUUAAUCAAAUCAUGUUUCUGUCCUCGAUGAGAAAGAACAUUUACUUAAGUUCAUAAUAUUUGUAUAAAUUAAAAAAACCAGGUUGUCCUAACUCCAGCAACCAAUACCUACUUUGAUCACCCUUAUGAGCCAGACCCAAAUGAGCCAGGUCUGAUAUGGGCUCGCAGGUAUCUGCAAAGCAAACAAAUAUAUGGGAUCAUACCGGCCAACCUAUACAUCAGCUCAGACACCACAGCAGACGGUUCCCCGUCUGAUAUGUGUGAUGAUGUCCAAGCUUGCCCAAAGCUGAAUAAAAAAGAUAAUUUAGAAGGUAAGAACACUGACAUAAGGAAAAUUGUAUAUCUUGGUGGCAGUUUGUAAAUAUGAGCAAUCAUCAGCUCUAUAGUUAGAUAAAAUGCUAUAGGUAUAUUAUUUAGUCUAAUUUACGCUAGUCUCCCAUUUUCAAUGUUUAAAUUGUGAUAAAAGAAGAAAAAUAAGCCUAAUCAAGGUAAGAAAGGGAGAUAAUGCAUUGGUACAUGGCAUUAGUCAAGGUUCCAUAACUAUUAAUGAGGUCUGUUUUAAAAACAUUUAAAGGUAUUUCUUUGUGCACCAAUAUUUAUCAGAAGAACUUUGAAAAUUCUCAAAUUGUUUUUUUUUGGAAAUGAAGUUUAUUUUGUUAUGGAAAGCAAACUGAACCUUUUUCUUUCCCUCUAAAAUUAUGCUCAUUUAGCUAAAAAAAAAUAUUUUUCAAUUUUGUUCCAUUUCAUAUCAUGGGAAAUAACUACAACAUUUUUGUAAACAAACAAUACAGAACUGUAAAAACGUAAUUUAAAAUUUCAUCUUCAUGUUGCUUUUGUUAAGGUAUUGAAGCUGUACUCUUUGGUGAACUUUUGCGCAGUCAGAAUAUCACAGAUUACAUGAUUCUCCCACGAUUACUGGCACUGGCAGAAAGAGCUUGGCAUGAAGGUAAGUUAAGUGAUUACCUUGUCUGACUCCAAUAUGCCAGGUACAAUUUCACAUAUUCUUUGUAAAUGUAUUUUUAAAAAUAAAAAUUAGUAUUUUCAUUUAAAGAAUUGUUAAAAAAUGCAAUUCUAACCAGCAAAUAUGAACCGAAAUUGUUCCUAUGAAAAAUAAAUAUUGGAAUGGUUUUUUAAAAGUUUAUUUGUAAUGUUAUUUUGAUAUAUAUUCGAUUAUCUCCACAGUGUUUAGUGGCUCUUACUUUUUGUUAUUUACGAAGUUAAGUUUUCUUUAAACUCAAAAUAUGAUUACUUGAAUUGUUUAAACACAGAUUACAUUAAGUCUCUAAAUUUUAAGGAGAAUAUAAAAUAUGUGUAAUGUAAGCACCUUACAGUUCAGCUAUUUAAAUCUGAUCAUUAUUUAUGUCCAAACUGUGAUUUAGCUUCUUGGGAAAAUGAAAAGAAUAAUGAAGCUAGAAUGAAAGCCAUGAAUGCUGACUGGACAGAUUUUGCAAACAGUGUUGGCUACAGAGAAUUUGCGAGAUUGGAUCACCUUGGUUAUAAUUACAGAAUACCACCACCAGGAGCUAUGUGAGUAUUUUUUUGUUGUUAAAAACAAGUCUUUUUAGGUAAAUGUUAAGUUUUAUUAGGCUUUUAAAAUUAUUUUUCCGUUCGAUUUUUCCUUAGUUUUGAGUUCUACAGUUUUGAACACUAUUAAUUGUAUGUGAACAUGACUCCAGUAUUAAAAGAAACUUAAGAUGUAUCUAUGUUUUACCACAUGACCAAUCAAAUGAUGCAUGUCAUAAUGCAUGAACUGAUAUGUGCAGUAUGCAUUUGAAAUAAAAUGUUUUCAUUAUAGAAAUAGCAAGAUUUCUCAAAGGUUCUUAAUUUAGAAACAGACACAUUCAAGAUUUUAAAAAAUUAUGUUCUUCAUUUAGAAUUAUAAACAGUACCUUAAAGACAUCUUUGGGCUACCCUGGGCUGGUCAUAGAAAUGUCCAGAGAUGGUGGCCAGACUUGGUCUACUGUGUGGUCUGGUGUAACUAAAGUUGAAUUGAAUGAAGACAUAAGACUUCGAACAAAGUGAGUAUUGUUUUAUGUAUGUCAAUGUGUAAAAUGAAUAUCUGAAGUGUAAAGAAGUGUUUACUAGUCAUGGAUGGCCUGCUUGAUGGUAGGAAUUUCCUGGAUUAUUAGAAAAGUGUUUAUGAAACUUUUUGUUCAAAUGUCUAGUGGUCCUGUGUCAAAGCAUAAAUCGGACAGUUUAAUAAGUUACAUGACUGCUGUUGGAUAAUGGCAAACAUAAAUAAAUUCUUUUUUUUUAAUUAUCUUUUAAGAUACUUUAUUUAUUGAAAUUGAGUUCUAUAUUAUGCACAUUUUAAUGAUUUUUCUCAAUCAUCUACUAAUUGUAACUUUAUUGUUAAUUAAAUUCACCACUAUUUUUAUCUACAGUACAAUAAAUAUUUAAACCGAAAUAUAUUUAAAUUUAAUAAAUAAAAACGAAGUGGCUAUGCGGCCCCGGUAACAGAAGUGAGAGGUUGGAUUUUUAAAAAAAAUUAAAUAUACUAUUGUUGGGUUUGUAAGACAAAAAUUGGUAUACAAUGAAAGAUAAUUGAAUGGACUACACGUUUCUAAACUUACUUCUUCAGUUUAACUAAAAUAAACUACCACAAAUGACAUUGGAAUAGCUUUUAGUCUGAUUGGGACCAGGGCACACAUGGCUGCUAUUUGCAUAUUUUUCUUGAGAACUAUCGUUAUAUUAUUAAUUAAAUGAUUAUCAUCUUUUAGGGCGCCUAGUGUUAAAAGAUACAGUCGAGUUGUGAGUGUCAGUAAUCGCAUUGGUGUCAAAUCAGAUUGAAGGGAGCCAACAGAUGGGGGAAAGAAGUCUCCAAUUUAUGGAAAUUAAAUAAUUUCUAUGGAUCUCGCAAAGUGUAAUGUUUUUAAAUUCUAAAUACAUUAAUGACUGUGAGCAAGGAUUAAGUUAAAUAUCUUACACACUUUCUUUUCCGUUUUUACAGUAUGAAUAAUUAUUUAUAAUAUUUGAAGCACUUAAAGGGCCGUCUUAUAAAAAGUUGUUGACUGCUAUCAGGAAUCUAUAUGUUGCUAUGUUGAUUGAAAUUGUGAUGUUUCCUUUUGAAAAUGUUAGUACUAUGAUGUUAAUAUUAUGAUGUGAGUACUAUGAUAUUAUUAUGAUGGAAAUACUAUGAUGUUGAUAUUAUGAUUUCAGAAACAAAAUAGAACAAUUUUCAGGCUCCAAAUUAAACUUAUACCUCAAUAAGGCAAUGAUACAUUACACACUUUAGACAAUGAAACAAAUAUUUAUUAACUAUUGAAAUGCUUACCAUGGGUAGGCAACUGUUAAAAAGGGAUGUCCCCUUCGAUAUAGGAGACAUUCUUAAAGAGAAGAGUUAGAGCAAAUGUCAGUGAGUUUAAUUAAACGAUGUUUAAUCUUUUAUUGGUGCUGCUGUGUGUCUCACAGUUCUAAACCCACAUUCCACUUUCAUUAAACAGUUCUUCUAUCAGUUGAAUGGGUAGAGACCUUUUUUUUAAUGGCUUGUUUUUUUGUUUCCUCCUUGUGACCAGCAGUUUCUGAUUGGUUGUUGGUUGGCAGUGACCUGUGAAUUGAUCCAAUAUUGUGGAUUUUAAAAAUCCUCAUGUAGAUGACGUGUUACUUUGACAUUUUUUGUGUUUAAAAAUGUCAAUUUCCUUAAUUAACUUUUUAUAUUGCAUAUCAAAUUCCAUAAUCAAUAAUUUUCUCAAAAAAAAAAAAAAAACUGCCAUUUUCUCCUUAUAAUUUCAAAACUUUUCAUUUGGUAAAAAUA